AUGGGGAGAAAAAAGAUUCAGAUUACAAGGAUUAUGGAUGAACGUAACAGACAGGUGACUUUUACGAAGAGGAAAUUUGGGUUAAUGAAGAAGGCUUAUGAGCUUAGUGUUCUGUGUGACUGUGAGAUUGCUCUGAUCAUCUUCAACAGCACCAACAAAUUGUUCCAGUAUGCCAGCACUGAUAUGGACAAAGUGCUGCUGAAAUACACCGAGUAUAAUGAGCCACAUGAGAGCCGAACAAAUUCAGAUAUUGUUGAGACAGAUUAUGACAAGUUACAAAAGGAUUCUUGGAGACUUAAAAAAGAACAGUAG